AUGGCUCCUCAAAGACAGAUUUCUUUGCUAUGCACCUUGUUUUGUAGUAUAGUAUUCAUCACUUGUGGGAAAGAAGGACAGGCUGGUGCUGAGCCAGAAGUGACUAUUGCACUUGGGCGCCUCAAAGGGAGACAAGCAAAUGUGAAAGGGACAGACAGACUUGUAAAUGCUUUCCUUGGGAUUCCUUUUGCAAAAGCACCUAUUGGAUCCUUGAGGUUUUCCCCACCUGAACCACCUGAACCAUGGAAUGGUGUGAGAGAUACAACUUCUUACCCACCAAUAUGUCCUCAAGAUCUGUCCCUGCUGAAAACAGCUGAAAAAAACUUCAAAGAAAAACACCUUCCCUUCCAAACUUCUGAGGAUUGUUUGUAUCUAAAUGUGUACAGCCCUGCUGGUUCAAGCAAGAAGGACAAGUUACCUGUAAUGGUGUGGAUCCAUGGAGGGAAUUUUAUAUUUGGUGGUGCUGCUAGAUAUGAUGGUUCUGCCCUAUCAGCCUAUGAGAAUAUUGUGGUAGUAGUCAUUCAGUACAGACUUGGACUCCUUGGAUUCUUCAAUACUGGUGAUGAACACGCUCGUGGAAACUUGGGAUUUCUGGAUCAAGUAGCAGCUCUUCAGUGGAUCCAAGAACAUAUUGAACACUUUGGUGGAGAUCCAAGCUCUGUCACACUCUUUGGCGUAUCUGCCGGAUCUUGCUCUGUUUUUGCACAUGUUUUGUCUCCUUUGUCUAAGGGUCUCUUUCAUAAAGCGAUAUCAGAGAGCGGAAUUCUAAUCCCCAGUGAAAAAGAUUUACGUGCUACAAGUGAUCUUAAGAAAAUUGCCAGUAUAUUUAAGUGUGACAUGAGCAGUUCACUCUCCCUGAUAAACUGCUUAAGGAACCAGGAAGCAAACGAUUUAGUCUUCAAAAGUCCGGAAAACUCAGUUAUACCUUUAGUUUUGGAUGGAGUAUUUCUUCACAAGUCACCUGAAGAGAUAUUAGCUGGAAAAGAAUUUAAUGCAGUCCCAUAUAUGAUAGGAGUCACCAACAGCGAAUUUGGCUGGAAUAUAAGAUCUACAUCAAAAAUUCCAGGUUUGAAGGAAAUAGGAGAUAAAAAAUCAAUCACUUCAGUUAUAGAGCUUUUACUGCCAAUGCUGCUUAUACCAUCAGAGGUUUUGCCUGUGGUAGUGGAUGAAUAUCUGGGAAACACAGAUGAUCCUGCUGAGCUGCGGGACCGAUUUCUGGACUUGCUAGGGGAUGCAGGAAUUGUCAUGCCAUCCAUUAAAGUACUGGAUUAUCACAGAGAGUCUGGAGCUCCUGCCUACUUCUUUGAGUUUCAGCAUCGACCCACUUCAUACCGGGAUAAUAAACCAGAGUAUGUGAAAGCUGAUCAUGGAGAUGAAGUUGGCUUUGUCUUUGGAGGACCAUUUCUGGCUGGUGAAGUUCAGCUACGUAGUGAAGUUACAGAGGAAGAAAAGAACCUUAGUAGAACUCUAAUGAAGUACUGGGCUAACUUUGCUCGAAACGGAAAUCCUAAUGGGGAAGGAUUGGCUGACUGGCCAUCUUAUAACCUAAAUGAAGAAUACUUACAGAUAAAUCUACAACAAAAGAAAGGCAGAAAGCUGAAAGAAAAGAAGGUAGACUUCUGGAGAAAGGUGAUAUUUGAAAAGGCAAAUAACCAAAGAAUGGAAAACAAGAAGAUUAAUUCAGAGUUGUAA